UUUUUUUUUGUUUUGUUUUCCUUUAUCUCAAUACAUAAUAAUAGAAAAGGCCAAACAAAAAGAUGAAGGAUAUGAAGAUGCAGAGCAGCUCUGAAACGAUGAUGACCAGAAUCCCCACUCCAGAUCCUCACAAUCCCGGUGUACGAGAAGAUGCAAUGGACACAGUCUGCAAACCCUGGAAGCUUUAUGAAAAUCCAUACUACUGCUCUUCUCAGUCUCAACAGCAUCAACACCAACGCAAGGCAUUUAUUUGGGAUCUAAACUUCAUAAAGAUCUUCAUGGAAUCUGAACUAGGAAAAGCUCAAGACGAGAUCAAGGAAUUGAAGGCAGAACUGGACUAUGAGAGGAAAGCUCGAAGGCGCGCAGAGCUGAUGAACAAGAGGCUGGCUAAAGAUGUGGAGGAGGAGAGAAUGGCUAGAGUAGCGGAGGAGAUGCAAAACAAGCGGCUCUUCAAAGAGUUAUCGUCUGAGAAGUCAGAGAUGGUUCGGAUGAAACGCGAUCUUGAAGAAGAGAGACAGAUGCACAGGUUGGCAGAGGUUUUGAGAGAAGAAAGAGUUCAGAUGAAGCUGAUGGAUGCAAGGCUUUUCUUGGAGGAGAAGCUAUCUGAAUUAGAGGAAGCUAAUAGACAAGGAGAGAGGGAGAGGAAUAGGAUGACGAAACCAAAGAUACUGGAGAGAGCCUGUAGCUCACCGGCUAGGAGGAGCUGCGAGAAUCCGCAAAUAAAGAGAGGAAUCAAUCCGUUCCCAAGAGUGAUGAGAGCAAUAAGAUCAAAGAGUGAGAAAUGGGGUUCAAAGCUGGAGUGCCAAAAGGUUCAGCUAAAAAUUCUGCUCAGACAAAAGACCACCCCAAGAUGUACUCCUCUUCUCUCCUCUCCUCCUCCUUGAUACUGUAUGCUUGUUAUUUUUCCGUCUCGCUUAAUCUUAAUAAUUCACAUCUAAGACUGAAGAUGUACUAAUAAGAUUCUAGCUCUUUGUCUGUCCGUUAGAUAACAUUUUCUUCACAUGGAUGUGUUAUACAUAGCAUAAAUAUCUAUUAAAGAU